UGGCGAAUAAGUUUUGAAAUUCAAAAGAUGAAGUGAAAAAUUCAAAUUAAAUGCAAUAUUCACAGGGGAGUUGAAUUUCCCGCAAAGUGUUAAAGUCGAGGAAAAGCAAAAAAGAAAUGAAAAAAAUUAAAUAAAUACAAAUCAAGUAGGAAUUCUCCCCAAUGAGCAAGUGGUUGUUUGUUAUUGUUAUUGUGUGCUGAAAAGUGAGUGAGAAAAUAUUUGAAACCAAAAAAAAAAAAAAAAUGGUGGAAUUCGAUGCAACGGACGAUGCCAAUGCCGAGCUGCUAAACAAAUUAAAACAUUUGGAUGUCCGGGUGGAGACGGUGGAGGCCAAUCGUGGCAUUUGUAAAAAGAGUUUUUGGAAAUCGCUGAAAUUAAGAGCUGCCCUAAAUCAUAUUGGUCUGCUGGUGGGUUUGUCCAUCUACUGUGGCGUUGGUGGUAUGAUAUUUCGUCAAUUGGAGCGACCAGCUGAAGUUGAACGGCUCCAGGAACUGAAGACCAUUGUAAAGACACAACGUGAAAAAUUCAUAAAUGUGAUAGUUAAUAAUACAGAUGUCAAUAAUUUGGAUGAAUUACUGAAAUUCGAGUUGGCAAAAUACGAAGCGGCCGUCCAAGAAGCAGCGGAGGGUGGCCUCUUAAUUGAGGCCGACAAAGAUUUUCCCGAGCCCUAUGAACGCUGGAGCAUACUGCAGGCCGUCUUCUUUUCAUCCACCGUGCUGACAACAAUAGGCUAUGGCAACAUUGUACCCGUCACAAUCGGGGGCAGAGCAUUUUGCAUAUGCUUCGCAUUAAUAGGCAUUCCUUUUACGCUGACGGUUAUAGCGGAUUGGGGACGUUUAUUUGCGACAGCUGUUUCGGUAUUGGGCAGACAUAUGCCGAAAACACCAAAAGUCACCAAUUUCAUUGGUAAGACAUGGUUUUAUGCUCUGUCGGCGGUGCUGUUCCUUUGCGUCUAUCUGGCCAUUGGAGCUGGUCUGCUGCUGCUGUGGGAGGAUGAUUGGACAUUUUUUGAUGGCUUCUAUUUUUGUUUCAUCACCAUGACAACAAUAGGCUUUGGUGAUUUGGUACCAAAGAAACCCAAUUAUAUGCUGCUGUGCACAUUAUAUAUUUUAAUAGGUUUGGCAUUAACAUCGACCAUUAUUGAAUUGGUAAGACGUCAGUAUGCCACCAGUUGGGCCAAGUUACAAGAACUUUCCGGUCCCAUGGCUGAAACACUGAGACGUUUAGGCGAGACAGCCGGCACUGGCCUAGAUUACGCAGCAUUACAAAAAGUCCUGACGGUAUCGAUGCCCAAAUGGAAUAUGUCACGUAAGGAUCCCAACAAUGCUGAUAUUGCAGCAUUAGAAGCCAUUACCAAUGCCAUUCUGAAGGAAGUCAAGGAGGCACAGAAUAAUAAACCCAAGGUCUUACAAAUUGUCAUCUAUGAGUCUUCGGUGUAGUUUAAACGUUUAAAAGCAUUCAGUAGAUUUUAAAAUUCAUAAAUUAAAUAAUAAUUAUUUUAAUAAACGUAGCUAAAUCUAAUACCAUUUAAGUAGCUAGUACCAAUGUUUAAGUAUUUCUUAUUUAAUUUCAAUAACUUUUUUAAGUAAAUAUUAAGUUUAUAUAGAUUUUUUAUGAAAAAAAAAAAAACAAAGUUACAGUUAACGCACAUUUAUGUGUUCAGAGCAAAACAUUGAAAAAAAAAUUAAUAUAAUUAAAUAUAAUUAUUGUAAUUAUAACGUACUUACCAGUUGAUAUAGAAGGUAAUUUAUAAUAUCUGCAAUGAAGAAAAAUAAAUAUCGUUAAUAAAUCAAUUAUAGUUUGUAAGUUAAAUAUAAAAGUUGAAUAUAAAUAUACACAAAAUGAAUGAAAAUAUGAUUAGAUAGACAGAAAUUCUCUAAAUACCCUGCAUCAUUUUUACCUCGAACA